ACUAUUUAUUUACAUAUUGAGAUCGUGAUUGAGUUGAUUUUCCAUGUCACUUUGUAGUCACAGCUAAAGCAUAAUCAUCUGCAAAAAGUCACGUUAUACUUAAUAGGGAAUUACAGGGAAAUUUGCAAUAUCAUUAACGUAAAUUAAAAACAAAAGGGAACGAAAUAUUUAAAAAGGAACAACAACAAGAGCACACACAAUAAACAAAAGAAACAAGAAAUAAAAAAUACAGUCGAGCGUUGUCUGCAUCCGGUGGUGGCUCUUUUUAUCUGUUCCUUCUAGAUUUUAUUUAUUUUUGAUUGAGGCUCAUCUGAUCUUUUUAUGUCGAUUCAUUGUGGGUAAUAUGAAUAAGUCUGCUUUUAUCAGUGUAGGUUCUUAAACAAGUGCAACUAAUUGGAAUUUCUUAAUUUCUUAAUUCUGUAAUGAAAACCCGAAUAGGUUCUACGAUUAAUAAUCGUCUUAUCUUUUUACCUGUGUCAAUGGCUGAUUGGUUAAGGUCGACCGUAGUUGACUUUAAACCACUUGCCGGCCAAUAUCGACAGGGAUAUUGGAAUCUUUAAUAUGAGGAAGAAAGUAAGCUUACGGCCAUUGGUAGUACAACUCAGGCGCCAGGUCGUGUCCAUGUGACAACGACUGUAUUUCUGCGACGUAAAAUCAAACUUAUAAAAAAAACACUUCUUAGUUAGUUACUUAAGCCAGAGCCAACAUGUUAUUUAAUUAAACACCUGGAAUCAAAUACCUAAAAAUAUUUUCCAGAAACAGGACAUUGUGGACUAGUGUACCUCAGAUCUGAGAAGUUAAUUAAGAAUGGGACCGUAGAAAUAGAAUAUUACCCGUCAAGUUAUGUGAUGGAAAAUAGCGGUAGUUUCGAACGAAGCUGGGUACACACUGUCGACAAAAAAAUAGAAACGUUGAUAUUGGCUGAUGGCAGUUUCGAAGAGACAGUGGGGCAAAAUAACAAAUAUGUGUUGACAAUAUAUAUGUUAAGUGUUUCUAUGAAUGGAAGAUACAGUGUUUAUUGUGGUGAGAGGUUAUUAUACACAAACGAUAUACUGAUUAAAUUACCAGAACCACCAAAUACACCUGUCAUAAUUGGAUUACAAAACAUAGAAAAUUGCAGGAACUGUAUUGUUGGUGAGGAUAAUGAGAUGUUUAAACUUGCCUGUGAGAUACACGGUGGUACCCCUCCUCUAACCAUUACCAUGACAAUAGGAAAGGAAUCAUAUAUACCUCUAGAAUGGAAUUCAACAACCUAUAUAGUACAUUUUACGGUUAGAGACAACCAUCACAUGGAAAAUGUGAUAAUUUCGGUCAUGAACGAUGCAUUGUUGUCACCUUUAAAUGUUACUGCUCAGAUGUUUGUUAUAAAACCACCAACGUUUCAAGUUUCGGUCCCGGAAAUUCUGAGAGAUGGAGAAGCAGUUAACAUCACAUGCACGAUUGAUGAUGGAAGACCUAAUCCGAAUGUGUAUCUUAGCAUUUCCGGUUCAGCAGUAUCGUCUGUAGACUCACAUUUCUAUAAUUCGACAACAUCUUUACAUACCAACAUCAUCACUUUGACCACAUUUAAGAAAGAAUGGAACAAGGAAAACAUCACGUGCUGUCGAUAUAACGAAUGGUACAAAAUUGUGCGGGACUGUCCACCGCCAAAACAAGUUAAUUAUCAAUUUCCUCCCACAUAUGUGAUGUUAGAAGUCAAGGUUGAUGAACACCGGCUGAGCCGAAUGUAUGCUACUUGCACUGUGUAUGACUCGAAUCCAGCAUGUAGCGUUCAGUUUAGUGCACCAAGCGGUAUCAUCGGAUCAGAAAAGUCUUCAGAGAACGUACGUCUACCUCAUGGUGCAUGGAAUUCUGUGUAUGAAGUAAACUUGAAUGUCAGUGAAGAAGACAAUGGUAAAGAUGUAACGUGUAUAGUUGAGUGUGACGAGUUUCCUGUUGACCUUACAGACACUGUCAAAAUACUUCUGCCUUUCCCUCCAGUUAUAAGGUUUAAUAUAUCUGGAUCGACAUUGAAUAUUUCUGAAGGAGAUCGGGCACAUGUAAAAUGUGAAGCUGAAAGCGUUCCUGCCUCCAAUAUAUCAUGGACUGAAGAGUUGAGUAAUGAACACAUAACGAAGAAGCAAUGUGACUUGUCACCAAACUGCGUGUUAAAUAUUAAUACUGAUGAAGUUUCAAAUAGACGUUUUAUGUGCCAUGUUCACUAUAAGACAAAAGUUGAUCACAAAUAUUUGACUGUACAAAUAAUAGCAAACCCAGAUGGUAGAGAGGCAGGCGAUUAUAUGAGUAAAACAGGCACAAACGAAACGUGUGUAAGUUUAGGAGCUGUAGUUGGGUCCGUUAUUGGUGUAUUAGCUGUUGGAAUUCUUAUUGGUGUUAUUUGUACCUUGUGCAUUCUUACUAGAAAAGGAAUUAUAGCAGGCUCGAAAACUCAGCCGACAGUUUCUCGUGACAUAGAAUUAACUGGGCCACCAACUGCUCUGGAUACCUAUGAGCAACUUCAAAACAGAGCAGAUACUGAAAUCAGGGGAACUUAUGAUUCUCUUGAAGUCAACUCCAGAGUACAACAAAACAGUCAAUCUCAGUAUGAGAGUCUGAAUCAGGAUGCUGAGCAAUAUCACACAUAUACAGAUCUAAAACAAAGCCAAUAAAUCUUGAGAAUAUACUUGAGAGACUGUCUUGAACGUUCUGGUCUAUUCGGGAAACAUUAUAGCAGGAUUGUUUGUAAUAUUUGUACUAUUGUUAUUUUAAUGGAAGAUAUCGUUACACAAAUAAUAUCACUGACUUUUCUUAUAGAUUAAAAAGUGUUAUGCCAUGUAUUAUGUUGUAUAAAUAAAGGGGUCGUUUGAAAAAAAAAAUAGAAAAAUGCUGUUUUAAGGACUGGUGAUUUUUGGCAGUUAUGUUGCUACUUGAAAUAUCAACAUUAUUCGUAAAAAAGACUUUUUAAUUAAAUGUUUAUACAUGUGUGCUUCACAUGUGUAAAGCUAAAAUAUGUGUAAUAUCAAAAGUAAAUUGAUUGACAAAUGUUAAUUUCACAUAGAUGAUAUCAAAUCAAGCUUAUAUUAUGUUUGUUAAUUUUGUUUAAGCGGGUGCGUUUUGUUAUUCUAGUGAUAUUUUGUAAUAAUUAUUAUCUUAUAUUUUCUGUAAAUAAGACAUGAAACAUUUGUAUUCACGUAUUACCUGUAUAUAUAUCACAAUGACUAUAUGGUGGUUUGUUCACCUUUUACGACAACCCUUGUAUCCAUCCGUAUGAAACUUCUAUAAAAAAAAUUCUGGUAAGAUAUGAAUUUCCCUGUGCUUAAAUUAUCAUGUGAAUAAGGACAGAAAACUCAUCAAAUAUCAUUUUUGUUAUACGUUCAAUAUUGUUUUAUAAUGUAUUGAUUCUUUGUAAUAUUUAUAUAUAUAUCUUUACAUGUUAGUUUCUUUGAACAAGUGCUGCGGGUAACCGGUAUUGUUCGAAUUAAAUCUAGUUUGAAUGCCAUAUAUUGAGUUAUAACUCAUCCUUAUAAUUCUAAUUAAGUACGUAAGAAGAAUUCCAACAACAAGCAAAAUUUAAUAUUGCAUUGCUUUGCUCGAUUUCAAUCAUAGUUGAAACAUAUGUAGUGAACCAGGAUGAGAACAUUAAAGGGAUUCAUAAUCUACAAGUUUAUUUUCAGGUUUCUGGCUCUUAAGAAAUUUAGAAUGAACCGUUUGUAAUGUUUUUGCCCAAAAUUAUUUUUCAAAGGAUAUAGAAAAGCGAUUUCUGUUCCGAAAAAUAUCAUUAUUAUAGCAGAACAGAACAGAAACUUUAUUUCUUGGUUUAUGCAUAAAAAGCUCAUCACCAUAUUACAUAUACAAAUACAACAUAUAAUACAUAAAUGACACAUGACAUGAACAUAAUAAUAUUUCAUUGCAAAAUAAUGGUUUAUGUAAUGUGAGAAUGUUUAAUGAGAUAAGAAAUUACUUAAAAAGCAUAUGAAUAUAUGUAUAUAAUACACAAGAAUUUGUCUAUCUUUACCAAACAUUAUCAAUUUAAGCUGCAAAACAUUUUCUUUUAUGUUUGAGAAAUUCGGUAAUGCGUAUCAAUAGAAUCCACAAAAAAGCAAAUUCGCAGUUUUAAUUGUGACAAAUG